AGUGCGGGAUUCCGGGGCCGAGAGCGGGCGGCGGAGCCGGGGCUUGGCGUGAUUCUCGGGCCGGACGAGGAGCGGCGUCCGCGGCCAUGGCUGUGACUCUGGACAAAGACGCGUACUACCGCCGAGUCAAGAGACUCUACAGCAACUGGCGGAAAGGAGAAGAUGAGUAUGCCAGUGUUGAUGCUAUUGUUGUAUCAGUGGGAGUUGAUGAAGAAAUUGUUUAUGCCAAAUCAACUGCCUUACAAACAUGGCUCUUUGGGUAUGAAUUAACUGAUACUAUAAUGGUGUUUUGUGAUGAGAAAAUCAUCUUUAUGGCCAGCAAGAAAAAAGUGGAGUUCUUAAAGCAGAUCGCUAACACUAAGGGCAAUGAGAAUGCUAACGGAGCUCCUGCCAUCACACUGCUGAUACGAGAAAAGAAUGAAAGUAAUAAGAACAGUUUUGACAAAAUGAUUGAAGCUAUUAAAGAGAGCAAGAAUGGCAAAAAGAUUGGUGUAUUCAGCAAAGACAGAUUUCCUGGAGAGUUCAUGAAGAGCUGGAAUGACUGCCUCAGCAAAGAGGGCUUUGACAAAAUAGAUAUCAGUGCAGUUGUGGCCUACACCAUUGCUGUAAAGGAAGAUGGAGAACUCAACUUAAUGAAGAAAGCUGCCAGCAUCACUUCUGAAGUCUUCAACAAGUUCUUCAAGGAUAGAGUCAUGGAAAUAGUUGAUGCAGAUGAGAAAGUUCGACAUAGCAAAUUAGCUGAGUCUGUGGAAAAGGCCAUUGAAGAGAAGAAAUAUCUAGCUGGGGCAGAUCCUUCUACUGUGGAAAUGUGUUACCCUCCUAUUAUUCAGAGUGGUGGCAAUUAUAACCUUAAGUUCAGUGUGGUGAGUGAUAAGAAUCACAUGCACUUUGGGGCCAUCACUUGUGCCAUGGGUAUUCGCUUCAAAUCUUACUGUUCCAACCUUGUUCGCACCUUGAUGGUUGACCCUUCUCAGGAGGUUCAAGACAAUUACAACUUUUUGAUCCAGCUUCAAGAGGAGAUGUUAAAGGAAUUAAGACAUGGUGUGAAGAUUUGUGAUGUUUAUAAUGCAGUCAUGGAUGUGGUAAAAAAGCAGAAGCCGGAGCUAUUGAACAAAAUCACCAAAAACUUAGGGUUUGGCAUGGGAAUUGAAUUCCGAGAAGGUUCUUUAGUAAUUAAUAGUAAAAAUCAGUACAAACUAAAGAAAGGGAUGGUUUUCAGCAUCAAUUUAGGAUUCUCAGAUCUGGCUAACAAAGAAGGGAAGAAACCAGAAGAGAAAACUUAUGCCCUAUUUAUUGGAGAUACAGUACUUGUGGAUGAGGAUGGCCCAGCCACUAUUCUCACUUCUGUGAAGAAGAAAGUUAAGAACAUGGGAAUUUUUCUAAAGAAUGAGGAUGAGGAAGAAGAGGAGGAGGAAAAAGAUGAAGCUGAAGACCUACUGGGAAGAGGUUCUCGGGCAGCCUUACUUACCGAAAGAACCCGAAAUGAGAUGACGGCAGAAGAGAAGCGAAGAGCACAUCAAAAAGAACUGGCAGCUCAGCUUAAUGAGGAAGCAAAGAGGCGACUGACUGAACAGAAAGGAGAACAGCAGAUUCAGAAAGCUCGCAAAUCCAACGUGUCAUAUAAAAACCCAUCUUUGAUGCCUAAGGAGCCACAUAUUCGGGAAAUGAAGAUCUAUAUUGAUAAGAAAUAUGAGACAGUAAUAAUGCCUGUGUUUGGCAUUGCAACACCUUUUCAUAUUGCCACAAUCAAGAAUAUAAGUAUGUCCGUGGAAGGAGAUUAUACUUACUUGCGAAUCAACUUCUAUUGCCCAGGCAGUGCUCUGGGCAGGAAUGAAGGCAACAUCUUUCCUAACCCAGAAGCCACAUUUGUUAAGGAAAUUACAUAUCGAGCUUCAAAUAUGAAGGCACCCGGAGAACAGACAGUACCAGCCUUGAACCUUCAGAAUGCUUUCCGGAUUAUAAAAGAAGUACAGAAACGAUAUAAGACACGGGAAGCAGAAGAGAAAGAGAAGGAGGGUAUUGUGAAACAAGACUCACUGGUGAUCAAUCUCAACCGAAGUAAUCCUAAACUAAAAGAUCUGUACAUUCGCCCAAACAUUGCCCAAAAGAGAAUGCAGGGUUCCCUGGAGGCUCAUGUCAAUGGUUUCCGUUUUACGUCUGUUCGGGGAGACAAAGUAGAUAUUCUAUACAAUAAUAUCAAGCAUGCUUUGUUCCAACCCUGUGAUGGAGAAAUGAUUAUUGUUUUGCACUUUCACCUCAAGAAUGCCAUCAUGUUUGGAAAGAAGCGGCACACAGAUGUGCAGUUCUACACAGAAGUGGGAGAGAUCACCACAGAUUUGGGGAAACACCAGCAUAUGCAUGACCGAGAUGACCUCUAUGCUGAACAGAUGGAACGAGAAAUGAGGCACAAACUGAAAACAGCCUUUAAAAAUUUUAUUGAAAAAGUAGAGGCUCUAACUAAGGAAGAACUGGAAUUUGAAGUGCCUUUUAGGGACUUGGGAUUUAAUGGCGCCCCCUAUAGAAGUACCUGCCUCCUUCAGCCGACUAGUAGUGCACUAGUAAAUGCAACAGAAUGGCCACCUUUUGUGGUAACAUUGGAUGAAGUGGAGCUGAUUCACUUUGAAAGAGUCCAGUUUCACUUGAAGAACUUUGAUAUGGUUAUCGUCUACAAGGAUUACAGCAAGAAAGUGACUAUGAUUAAUGCCAUUCCAGUAGCCUCUCUUGACCCCAUCAAGGAAUGGUUGAAUUCCUGUGACCUAAAGUACACAGAGGGGGUACAGUCUCUCAAUUGGACUAAGAUCAUGAAGACUAUUGUUGAUGACCCUGAAGGCUUCUUCGAACAAGGUGGCUGGUCUUUCCUGGAGCCUGAGGGUGAGGGAAGUGACGCUGAGGAUGGUGAUUCAGAGUCUGAAAUCGAAGAUGAGACCUUCAACCCUUCGGAGGAUGACUAUGAAGAGGAGGAAGAUGACAGUGAUGAAGACUAUUCCUCAGAAGCUGAAGAAUCAGACUAUUCCAAGGAAUCAUUGGGCAGUGAAGAAGAGAGUGGAAAGGACUGGGAUGAGUUGGAGGAAGAAGCUCGGAAAGCGGACCGUGAAAGUCGUUAUGAGGAAGAAGAAGAACAAAGUCGAAAUAUGAGCCGGAAGAGGAAGGCAUCUGUGCACAGUUCAGGUCGUGGCUCAAACCGUGGUUCCAGACAUAGCUCGGCACCCCCCAAGAAAAAGAGGAAGUAACUUCUGAACUUUUGCCUUCAGCUUCAUUCUAAUGCUCCAGCCAACCCCUGAAAAUUUUACAUGACAUAGAAACUGUAUUUUUUCCCAUUUUUCUUUUGAAGUUUUGCCAUUUGUGUUUAUGGGUUUAGGGGGCCAUUUGUGUGGACCAAUCUACUCGGGGAAUUCCAGGCCCACCAGGACACGUAGUGCCAAUGGCCCUAUCCAGAUGGCAAGGGAGGAGGUGUUCUUGAAGAAGGGCAGAGGCUUCCGCUGUUAAUAGAUACCAUUUCAUUCCCCUCUCUUCCCUGUCACCUUCUACCAGGACAUUGAUGACUCCUGACAUCCUAAUCUUUUUUUUUUUUUUUUUUU